GAGUUGUGUUGGGGUUCAGGACUGCUGGGUGAGGAUCGGGGCUCAUAGAGAGGAGACAGACCAACAAAUACAGGAUGAGGACUCUGGCACUGCUGCUGCUGGUUUUGGCUUUUACAUUUGCCACUGCGACAAAGUCUAGAAGUCAGUUCACACGUUACCGCUCAUGGAACUCACGGAUGUAUCCCGUAUGGAAAGAUGGAGACCCAAGAUUCAGGAACUGUUGGUCUGGUGGUGAAGUAACUUUUGAUCUGAAAAACGAUGCACCCACCCUGACUGGAGCAAAAGCAACCUUCAGUAUUAAUCUUAAUUUCCCACCAAAUCAGACAAUGCUGCCUGACGGACAGGUGGUCUGGGCACAAAACUGUACCAUCAAUGGACAACAGUACCAGGCGGGUCAGGCUGUGUAUCCUGACCAGGACUCCCAGUCGACUGGAGUUUUUCCUGAUGGUACACCCUUCAACAGGAGCCAGAACAAGAAACCCCACUACGUGUUUGUGUGGAAGACAUGGGGGCGUUACUGGCAGGUGGCAGACGGACCCUCCUCCUCCCUCACUAUCGGCACAGACAAUGUCCCCCUGGGCUCCUACAACAUGGAGGUUGUCAUCUAUCACUGCCGCGGCAAAGACAAGUUCAUCCCUCUGGGCUAUGCCUCCACGGUCUUCACCAUCACAGACCAGGUUCCCUUCACCAUAUCGCUCGCCCAAGUCAAUGAUGUUAACGAGAACGACCAGAACUUCAUCCAGAACCGAGCCAUUGCUUUCAGCGUCAAGCUCCAUGAUCCCAGCCAGUAUCUCAACAAUGCCGACAUCAGCUUCAGCUGGGACUUUGGUGACAGCACUGGUACCCUGAUCUCCAGAGACCUCACCGUCACACAUACAUACCUCACAGUCGGGACGUUCAAACCUCAGGUGGUCCUGAUGGCAAGCAUCCCCAAUGGCUGUGGAAACCCCACUGCUGCUGUUCCUAUGGAUGCCUCUGCUGCUCCAGCAGUAGUUGUGAUGGCCUCCACCCCUGCAGCCGUCCCUGCAGCACCAGCUGAGGGAGGAGAUGCAAUUGCUCUGGACGUUCCUGCCUCUGACGCCACUCCCCUCGCUGCGUCCGUGCAGCCAGCUGAAGCAGAAGAUGGAGAAGCAGUCAUUGAUGCAGACACAGAGGCGGUAGAGGUUGCCUCAGUAGCACCUGCAGUAGUCGACACAGCUGUUGCUCCAGAGGAACAAGAUCCUGCUGACACUGCUGCAGAAGUGGAUGUUGCUGCCGAGGGUGCAGAUGCAGCAGCAGGUGAGGUGGCCACUGCUGUAGAUGCCGAUGCAGCUGCUGCAGACAUCGAUGCAGCUGUUGCAGACACUGACGCAGCUGCUGCCGAUACAGCUGCUGCAGAUGCCGACGCCGAUACAGCUGCUGCAGAUGCUGACGCAGCUGCUGCCGAUGCUGAUACAGCUGCUGCAGAUGCUGACGCAGCUGCUGCCGAUGCUGAUACAGCUGCUGCAGAUGCCGAUACAGCUGCUGCCGAUGCAGCUGCUGCAGAUGAAACCGCAGUGGCUGCAGAUGAAACCGCAGUGGUUGCUGAUGAAACUGCAGUGGUUGCAGAUGAAACCACAGUGGUUUCAGAUGCAGCUGAAGAAAAUGAGCCUGUGAUUGACGCUGCUGCUUCAGUUGCACCUGUUGCAGAGGGUGAAGAAGCUGCAGUUGAGGACGCUGGCGCUGCCACUGUUGCUCCUGCAGCUGAAGUACCUGUAGAGCAAGAAGUUGACGUAGCUGUCGAUGCUGCUGCUGAUGCUGAUGCAGAGGUGGUCCAGGCUGAAACAGAAGCCCCUGCUGAUAACAUUGUAGCCCCUGCUGCCACUGAGGCCACAGCUGUAGAAGAGGCAGCACCAGCUGCUGAUACUGAGGCUGAAGUACAGGCAACUGAGAAUGAAGCUGCAGCUCCUGCAGCAGGUGAUGAAGAGGCCGUUGCAGCUGAAGGUGAAGUCCAAGCAGAGGCAGAAGCAGAUCCAGCACAGGUUCCCCUCGUUGUGGCUAAAAGACAAGCACCAGAGCUGACAGCUGACUGCAUGGUCUACCGUUAUGGCUCCCUCGCCACCUCUGUAGAUGUUAUUCAGGGUAUUGAAAGUGUAGAGAUUGUACAGAUGACCAACGUUGUAGCAAUGGUGACUGAGUUGGAUCAGAAUGCUGUGGACGUCACCAUUACCUGUCAGGGAAGUCUGCCAAAUGAGGUCUGCACAGUCAUAUCAGAUGCUGACUGUAUCACACCAGUGGAAACAGUCUGUAAUGCAGCUACACCCUCUCCAGACUGUCAAAUGAUCCUUCGUCAGUUCUUCAAUGACUCCGGAGUAUUUUGCAUCAAUGUCUCUCUGACCAAUGAUGUCAGUCUUGCUGUGGCAAGUGCUAGAGUCAGUGUAACACUAGCUUCUGGUGGUUCCCCAGCUGGAACUGCAGCCACAGUCCUGGGGGUAAUGGUUCUCGCCUGUGUUGUCUGUUGCAUUGGUUUGAUGUAUAGGCGGUUUAAACAAUAUCAGCCACUGAGAGAAGACAGUAAUGGAGGCAGCUCGGCGGUAACAUCAGUGCCUAUGUUGUUGUGGAACCUAUUGAGCCGACAGUCGCCAGGAGAGAGUCGUCCACUGCUUCAGGGGAGGAUUGUGUGAAUAACAUCAUCAGCUCAUGCACUCAACAUCAUCACCAUCCAUUAAAAUACUGACUUUAUGCACAUUAUACUCUAUCUAUAGUGAUAUUGUAACUGCCAAUGUACGAUACCAGAACCAAUUAAAUGAGCCAAGUUAAGUGAACCAGCCCCGUGUGCAACAACAUGCGUAGAAAUAGAAAGAAGUGUGAAAUAGAGAAGUGUCAGAAGAAUGUUGAAAGUGAUAUUUAUUUUGACCUGCAGUGUUUUAUAUUAAUUGGCACCAUUAGUUUAUAGAAGCCAUGCCUUACUCUUUUAUUUUUGGCCUACUUAUACUAAAUCAAUGUUAACACAUUUCAGUUCUUUCUUUACAUUGUAAUUAAAUCACUUACAUCACAGAACGUUAUGAAAUGAAUAAAAUGGAACUUUAUUACCA